GUAAAAGCAUGUAGAAAUAUGUGAUAGCCUACAUAGUAAUACCCUGUUACUCAGUGCUCCUAUAUCUCAUGUGUGUUUCCUGGAUCUUAUUAAUCUGUUGUUCAAGAGCAAACUUCAUUUAACUAAGCAAUGGGUGGGGAGAGAGACCCAGUUGAUGUGCUAAAAAUAACUCACAUUUUACACAACACAUUUAAGCAUAAACAGUUCAAAAGUCAAGUGCAGAAAGAAGCAAUUUUGAAGAUAUGCCAACGAAAAAAGGAUGCGUUUGUUUCCAUGCCAACAGGUGCUGGAAAGUCACUUUGUUACCAACUGCCUGCAGUUUUCUUUGGAGGAGUAAGCUUAGUUAUUUCGCCUUUAAUUGCUCUUAUGUGUGACCAGUUGAACCAUCUCAAGAGGUUUAACAUUGUUGCUAGAACUCUGAACUCAAAACAAACUGUAUCUGAACGUAAUGAAGUCUUGGCUGACUUGUUUAGCCCGGAUUCAAGUUGUAGACUUCUGUACAUUACUCCUGAACAAACAGCUACAGCAGCAUUUAUGGAACUAGUUAUGAAGCUGCAUGCAAGAAGUAAAAUAUCUAUGUUGAUUAUAGAUGAAGCCCAUUGUGUCUCGCAAUGGGGCCAUGAUUUUCGGCCAGAUUAUAUGAAACUUGGGUCUCUUCGACAAAAGCUGGUUAAUGUUCAGUGCAUAGCUCUUACAGCUACCGCUACAGCUGAAGUUCAAAAAGAUAUCUUCAACUUACUGCACCUACCUACUUCAACGGCUAUUUUUAAUACUGGGGUGUUUAGGCCUAAUUUGUAUUAUGAUGUUAAGGUUAAGGAAUUAGUUGGUGACUGCUACCUGGACCUGCAAAAGUUCUGCCAAAAGGCUUUAAAAAUCUCUAUUGCAAAAUCAAAGCCAGAAGGGGCAGGUAUUGUUUACUGCCACAAACGAGAAGACUGCAUGACAAUUUCUGCUGAAUUGCUAAAACGUGGUUUGCUUGCAAAACCCUAUCAUGCUGGAUUAUCUAACAAAGAAAGAGAGUCUGUUCAGACUGAUUGGACUUCGGGUAAAGUGCCAAUAAUUGUUGCAACCGUUAGUUUUGGUAUGGGGGUGGAUAAGUCUAAUGUUAGAUUUGUGGCGCACUGGACUAUUCCAAAAUCAAUGGCAGGAUAUUACCAAGAAUCUGGAAGGGCUGGAAGAGAUGGAGAGCAGUCGUUGUGCAGGUUGUAUUACUCUAGAACCGACCGAAAUAAUAUAAAUUUUUUGAUUAGAAAAGAUUUUGACAGAAAAAGGGCAAAGUCAAAAUCGGAAACUCAAUUUAAGAAGCAUGUGCAAGCCAUUACUGAAAACUUUUCUAGUCUGGUGAAUUAUUGUGAGGGGAGUAAGUGUCGUCAUGCUGCAAUCGCUGCGUUUUUUAAUGACGCUAUGCCGGAUUGUAACGAUCAGUGUGAUUCUUGUAAGAAUCCAAAGCAAGUUGAAACUCAAACACGUAACAUCCAUACUUUGGGUGGGUAUGGUAUUGGAUCCACAAAAAAAAGACCAGAACGUGAUACAUCCCACUUGUGCUUAGAUGGAACAUCAGCAAGUUAUGACCCUAGCCUUUAUGCUGGUGGUAAAAAGGGAUAUGGCAUUGAAAGAACGGUAGAUGAUGAUACGGGUGCCCCUGACUCACAAGAUAGAAUUGCUGACAGUUCAGAGUGGCAGAAAUUUUUUAAGAAGCAGUUUUCGUUUCGUAACGCAUCUUCUUCUGGACACUCAAGAAAGGAGACAUGCACCUCGCCACCUCCAGAAGAUUGUCCUCUUAUUGAUCCUGAUGCAACCCGCAUCGCUAAAUGUGACUGGAAGGUGAGAUUAAGUUGCUGGGAAAGUUUAAACAGCUCUUUGUUGGAUAAUUACCGGACAUUUUAUCAAAAAGAUACCGCUUCUGCUGUUUGGAAAGCAAGAGUAAAUGCUGCUGAUAUUGAGCAUAGUGUGUUUAAAGUAGCAACAACUGCGAUUGGUUACAGAGCGUGCAUUGUUAAACAUGUCAAAGAAAUAAAGAAAAACACAUCUGAAAAGUUGUUACACUCCGCUAACCCAUCUUUAACUAAGUCCAAAGUAAAAGAGGAAAAUGAAACUCCAAUACAGGAUAAUCGUAAUGAAAAUGAUGCUUCUGCUGAUUACAUGCAGUCAGCAAGUUAUAAACCAAAACGCCGUUGCCAUGGCUUAAGUACAAACAGUGGCUGCAUGAACUACCGCUCAUUUGACACGCAAAGUGCUUUUGUGUCAGCUUCAAGCUUGUUGAGUGAUACAUCUGUUGAGAAAUUGCCUGCUACCAGCAAAGAGAAAAGCAUCAUGUUCAAUGAUGAUAUACGGUCUAUUAGCAUUGAACGGUAUAUAAACAUCAAAGAAGACACCACCCCACCACAGUGGCCAUUCAAAUCAGCUGAAGAAAAGAUCAGUGAAGCAAACAAAAAUAAAAGCACAGAUGUGAAAAAAGCCAUAAAUGUGAAGAAUGAAGUACUAGAAAUAAAACAAAAAGGUGUUGGUUUUAAAGACCCUAAACCAAGUUCUAGUGACCAGCCAGAAGCUAAAGUAAAACCUGAAUACAAAAAUACCUGUAUAAAUGUGAAGAAAAAUGAAGUACUAGAAAUAAAACAAAAAGGUGUUGGUUUUGAAGACCCUAAACCAAGUUCUAGUAACCAGCCAGAAGCUAAAGUAAAACCUGAAUGCAAAAAUAAAGGUAUAAAUGUGAAGAAAAAUGAAGUAUUGGAAGCAAAAUGUCGAAAGGUUGGUUUUAAAGCCAUUGAGCCAAGUUCGAGAGACCAGCCAGCUGCUCAAAUUGAACCUGAAAUUACGCAUAAGGGCGAUGAAAUACCUGAUGAGUCUGAUGUUCAGAAAAGCUGCAAAACUAUAGUCUCGUGGCUUCAAAAAAUUAAAAAGCAAAGUUUCGUUAAGAAUUUGGCAAAAGUCAAAGAAGUGAUUGUAAUAUCGGACUCUGAGAAUGAAGAAAAUGAUACCGAACCACCAUUAAAAGCUCUUAUUAAAUGUGACAGUCCUGACAGCACAACACCAGUUGAAUGUUCAACUUCAACAAAGCAUCCAGCUGUUAAAACUUCAAUUUUAAUGAAGCAACCCUUGCCAAUGGUGGAACUAAAAGAACAGAAAAUGGCACCAGAUACGACACAUGAAGAAAAUAAGACAGUGAGUAGUAACACGCAACAUAAACCUCUUGGUUUAAGGGAUUGUAAAGAGGAUGCGGCGCUGGUUGUUAAGCUACUGUCUGGGCCGUUUAAAAUGGGUCAGAUCUCGACAAAACCUCUGUUUAAAUCAUUAGCUCGUAAGCUGACUCAUCUAAUACAAGAAGAUAUUCGAAUUACUUCUGAAAAAGGUGUGCGGAAAGCUGUGAAACUUGUGAUUAAUAAAUAUUUCCGAAACAAGCAUUGUACUUGCCUUGAUGACGUUAAUAGACUUGAUUUUGCUUACACGGAUGCAAUGCAAUUUUUUGUGCCUUAGUUCUAAAGCCAUCCAUGUCUUCAGUUUUCUCGUACUAUAAUUGUUAUUUCUGUCAUAAUUCAUUCUGUAACUAAUUCGUUUUUAAAAACUUAAGUUCACUACACAAAUAAACGGCAAAAUAUUUUCUUUGCAUAGCAAGUGUUUUGUCAGAAAUUCUUAUUUACACCACUGUGGAUAUAUAUGUGGACUUGAAAAUUGCAUAUGUGUGUGUGGACUUGAAAAGGCAUGUGCUGUUUAAGUAUACUUUGUUACCUGCCAAAAUUUAUCUCAAUAUUUUGUGAGUGCUGCGUAACUUGCCCAGGGAGAUUUUCGUUUAACUCAUAUUUUUUCACUCUGUGUUUUGCUAAUUUUUGAUAUACAAUUUCUGAUUUUGUCUGCAAUGUUAUUUAAGUGCUUCAGUUUUUCGUUCUCUGUUUAUAAUUCCAUUGCGGUGGUGAUAAUGCAAGUAUUGGCAUAG